ACACGUUAUACGCUCGUUCGGGAUCCGUUUGGUUAAUCUCCGUGAGGUGCGUUUCCUUCCUUGCUUUCAUCCACUUCCAGAGUCCGAUGCGCGUAGUCUGAAAAAACACAACCACUACAACAGCCAGACGAAAUGGGAAACGAAAAGAAGGACCCGGGCGGGGUCGGCGUGCAGAUCGAGUCGCCCUCGCCGGUACCGUCCAGCUACGGUGGCUCGGCCGCGUUCAACAUGAUCACCAACAUCAAUCUGCCCGUGCCACUGUCGCUCGAGGAGAAGAAGUUUCUCCUGGCGGUGGAACGGGGCGACCUGGCGAGCGUCAAGCGGAUCCUCCAGCGGGCCCACCGGCGGCGCAAUGUGAACGUCAACUGCGUAGAUUCGUUGGGGCGAGGGGCGCUGACGCUGGCCAUCGAGAACGAGAAUCUCGAGAUGGUUGAACUGUUGGUGGUCAUGAACGUGGAGACGAAGGAUGCGCUGCUGCUGGCGAUCAACGCCGAGUUCGUCGAGGCGGUCGAGCUGCUGCUCGAGCACGAAGAGCUCAUCCACAAGGACGGUGAACCCUACAGCUGGCAACGGGUCGACAUCAACACGGCCAUGUUUACGCCGGACAUUACGCCGUUGAUGUUGGCGGCUCACAAGAACAACUACGAAAUCCUGAAGAUCCUACUCGAUCGUGGUGCGACCCUUCCGAUGCCACACGACGUAAAGUGCGGCUGCGAGGAAUGUAUCCGACGCUCAUCGGAGGACUCCUUGCGUCACUCGUUGGCACGCGUCAACGAGUACCGUGCCCUCGCUAGUCCUUCCCUUAUCGCGCUCAGCUCGCAGGAUCCUCUCCUAACGGCCUUCCAGCUGUCCUGGGAGCUGAGGAAUCUGGCGUUCGCCGAGCAGGAAUGCAAAUCCCAGUACCUCGAGCUACGUCACCAGUGUCAGAACUUUGCCGUGGAGCUGCUGGAUCAAUCGCGUAGCUCGCAGGAGCUUGCGAUCAUUCUGAACUACGAUCCCGAGUCACCGCCCUACAUGGACGGCGAUCAUAUGAAGCUGACCCGGCUCGAGCUUGCGAUCGACUACAAGCAGAAGAAGUUUGUCGCCCAUCCGAACAUCCAGCAGCUGCUUGCGGCCAUGUGGUACGAGGGUGUGCCCGGUUUCCGGCGCAAGUCGGCGGCCGAGAAGAUCGCCAUCAUCGUGCGCACGGCCGUGCUGUUCCCGUUCUACUGCAUGCUGUACAUGAUCGCACCGAACUGCGAAACGUCCAUGUUUAUGCGGAAACCGUUCAUGAAGUUCUUGAUCCACGCUUCGUCCUAUCUGUUCUUCCUGUUUCUUCUCAUACUCGUAUCGCAGCGGGCAGAAGUGCAGGUGGUUCUCCUCUUCGGCACGGAAAGCAUGAAGCGCGCACUACAGGAGGAGUUGGCCCGCCAGCGAGGCAACGGGCCGACGUACCUCGAGUGCCUCGUCGUGAUCUACGUGAUCGGGUUCAUCUGGGAGGAAACGCAGGAGAUCUUCAUCGAGGGCAUCCGGAGCUACCUGCGCAACAUGUGGAACUUCAUCGACUUCGCGCGCAACUUCCUCUACUGCUGCGUGGUGCUGCUGCGCAUCAUCGCGUACAUUCAGCAGUCGUCGCAGAUUGCGGCCGACCCGAGCACGGCGUACAUCGCCCGCGAGCACUGGGACGACUUCGAUCCGCAGCUGAUCGCCGAAGGGUUGUUCGCGGCCGCUAACGUGUUCUCCGCCCUCAAGUUGGUGCACCUGUUCUCGAUCAAUCCGCACCUCGGACCGCUGCAGAUUUCGCUCGGCCGGAUGGUGAUCGAUAUCGUGAAGUUCUUCUUCAUCUACUCGCUCGUACUGUUUGCGUUCGCGUGCGGUCUGAAUCAACUGUUGUGGUACUUUGCCGACCUGGAGAAGUCCAAGUGUUACAGCUUGAAGGGCGGCCUACCGGAUUGGGAUAACCAGGGUGAUGCGUGUAUGAAGUGGAGACGAUUUGGAAACCUUUUCGAAUCCUCUCAGUCGCUGUUCUGGGCCAGUUUCGGUAUGGUCGGGCUGGAGGCGUUUGAGCUGACCGGCAUCAAAUCGUACACGCGAUUCUGGGGCCUGCUCAUGUUCGGCUCGUACAGUGUGAUCAAUGUGAUCGUACUACUGAACCUGCUUAUCGCUAUGAUGUCCAACUCGUACGCCAUGAUUGAGGAACACUCCGACACGGAGUGGAAGUUCGCCAGGACGCGCCUCUGGAUGAGCUACUUCGAGGAGAGCUCGACCCUGCCGCCACCGUUCAACAUCUUCCCCAACAUGAAGCACCUGAUGCGCCUCUUCGGCAAGAAGAAGAAGCGCGAUCUGAAGCGUGAAUCAACGAUCCGUCGUAAGGAGGAUAAGGAGCGUGCGGAACGCUACACGAACGUCAUGCGAGCCCUCGUCUGGCGGUACGUUUCCGCGAUGCAUCGCCGCAUGGAGCAAGACGCCGUGACGGAGGAUGACAUCAACGAGGUAAAGACGGAGAUCUCCGCCAUGCGCUACGAGCUGCUGGACAUCUUCGAGAAGAACGGCAUGGAUGUGUCGGCGGUCGAUCGCAAGGAGAAGGCGGUGUUGGCGAAGCGUAUGAAGAUUUGGGAGCGUCGCCUUAUGAAGGACUUCCACGUAGCGCCGGUUGAGAUGGGUGAACAGGAGGAACAGGAGGAGGAAGAGGAGGACGCAAACCCACUCGCACGGUUCCGUCGGGUGGCGAAGAAGGUCGCCAACAACACGUCCUCAGCCAAGUGGGGUCAGGUGAUGACGAGUGUCGGUGUGGAGAUAAACAGCCAGAUCGGACGGUGCCGCAAUCGGGACAGCUUCCGCCAGCAGCAGCAGUUGCAGAAGGCGAUGGACGAGGCACGCCGUUUGGUGGAACGUAGUCCUUUGCCUCGCUCGCGCAGCGUUUCGCCGCAUGUCGAGGGUUACACGGAUGAGACGACCAACACGCUGCUCCAUCUGCUCAGCCAGUUGGCCGAAGGUGACGAGACGUCCCCGGGUAAUACGCUGAACGCGAACGAUCUCAAGAGCCGCGCGACGACGCCGAUUAACCUGUUGACGGCGCAACUCCAGGCCGCCCUCAGCAAGACGCCAUCUCCGCGCAUGAUGAAGUCGACCAAGGCCGGUGACGGUGGUCUGGGUGGGUUGAAAUCUCCCGCUGGCUCGUCCAUGGGUGGCUCACGCUCACCCGGUGGUCCAAUGUCCCGCCUGGAGGGUCCAACUCCGGCCGCAAAAUCCCCGCUCGCUUCCAUCGCCGGCAGUAAAUCUCCAUCUCCCGAGGGAACCCCAGCGCCGGAGAAGAAACCGGCCACCCUUGGGGUGAGGUCACCACCGAUGGUUAAAUCGCCGCCUCCUUGCAAAGAUCCUCCCACUGUCCAGUCGCCUCCUCCACCACCCCAGGUGCAGUCACCUCCACCGACGAUCCACAUUACGCGCACCGAAUCGCAGCUUGUGAAGAAGAAAUCCGAAUCGACCGAAGACACCAAGGAGCAGGAACUAUCCACCGUCGGUGACCCCUCGGCUCCCUCCGUCGUGCACAGCGACGAUCCGGAGCCGCUCGUCUCGGGCGUCAACUCGCCACCGAAGGUGAUCAAACGGAAGGCACCCGCUCCGGAGCGUCCCACCGGCCCGGAGGACAUAGCCGUGGCACGUCCCGUCGCAGCGAAACCACAACCCGGUCAGGGUAUGCUUCCUCCUCCACCGUCGAAGGAAGAUUCGGCGUCGUCGGCUCCGGUCAUUCCCGUCUUCAGCACCACUCCGGCAACGCCCCUUCCAACUCACAAGUCACGACCGGCAUCCCCGAAGCUGGUUGCGUCACCACCGCCACCGCCACCACCAACCGCCGCUAGCCCUCCACUGGUGCCGCUGAUUAAAACGGAACUCAUGAUCGACUCCGAACCGUCCGCUGCCGCAACCAAACCAACGUCGGCCGGCGGUAGCAAGGAGAGCCUGAUCGUGGGCGGUGGAGACGCGUCGGCCGAUGCUGCACGGGCCGCCUCCUCACCACCCUGCUUGCGCCCGUACCGGAAGGUGGAAGAUGUGACCACCAUCAAGCGGCAACCGAAGACCGGAUGGUUGUAAACUGACCAACUAAUCCUUUUUCUUCCGCCCUCGUGGUGGGUCUUUAUAAACUGGUGAUAACGAACGGUAGUUCCUGGAUGACGGACGGGGUGGGCGGGGAAGUAUCUAAAACGACAAAACGAAACGAGCAAAAAACGAGGUGUGAGCAAAACCAAAGCAAGGAAAGAAAGCAAACGAUAUUUUCUUACCCGCUCCGGGAACAGACACUUCUCUUGGAGGUUAUUUUUGCCGCGGUUUGCCCAAAAACCGCACCCUACUUAUACCAUUCAAUUUGUUGUAUUGACAUCUUUCUGCAAACAAGAAACUAAUAAAAACGACUAAAGGCAUCCUUGUAAAACAAGGGCCAA